AGUUGUUUUAUUCGACACAGCCGACUCAUGAAUCCUGUCUUGUGUAUUCAGGAACUGCUCACUCUCAUCUUCCGAUGGACUAAUGAUCCAGAUUCGCAACAGUACCGAUCGACACUGGCCAAAUUAGCCGUUGUUUGUAAAACAUUCCAUGAUCCUGCUCUAGACGAGCUGUGGCACACGCAGACAGACCUGUUGCCGACGUUACUGGUUCUACAUGGUGGCGCUAUUCAGAGCAGAGAUGCUGAAAAAACUGAAGAUGGAGAUCAAGACCAACCUGCCCGGGUUCUGUAUCAGGCCAGACCUCUUUCCACGGAGGACAUUCAGAGACUGCGCAAGUAUUCACUGAGGGUACGAGUACUUGAGAUGCGCGGGAACUUGGACAAUCCCGUACUGCACUCGAUCGACCAGAGCGUCGUGGAAGCGUUAGCGGUGGCAGCAAAUCCUCUUUUCCCCAACCUCCGAGAGUUCGCUUGGUAUCCUUGGAGCCGAUAUCGGGGGAAAAAAUCUUUUGAGCCUUUGUUCCCGUUACUUUUGGCUCCAAGAGUCGAAUCCGUGGAACUUCGGUAUGACGAGCAAGUGGUAGAGGAGAAAAUGCUCAAGCAAUUGUCGGCGACAUGCUCUCGUUUGACAAGCUUUGUGAUACAUAGUGAUACUUCCGACGAGCUCUCCAGAGGACUGCGCGAGUCCCUUGCCAAUAUGAAGUACCUGGAGGAACUCAAUGUUUUCCACCAUCUACUCGAUUGGUUUGUAUGGUGCACCUGCGCCUCGAUGCCCAAGCUUCACACCUUGGUGGUUGAACUCGACCCAGACGAUGACAGCCCCGACCCCAUCCUAUGGACUCACAUGCCGCAGCGAUCUCUCCCAAUACAAAUGCUUGUCCUCAAUACGGACGACAUACAGAAGGCUGCGGACUUUCUAACUGGAGCGACGUUCCCCGAUUUGCGCGAAAUUUCGAUCGACUUAUUCGGCUCUACCGGGCCUCCACGCGAACGAAAAGUGACUAGACUAUUUAAAGCCAUCGUAGAUUCUUGUCCGGCCGAUAAGCUAGACAUGAUUUUCAUAAACGACAACGGACAGGAUCCUCUCUGGACGAUUCCCGAAGGAAGAAAUCGUUCCGAUUACGAGAUCCGCCCUCCGCUAGUUCGCCCUCUGUUCCGUUUCACCAAUCUACGGAGAUUAUGGCUGCGAGGGCGUUGGUACUGGGAUUUGGAUGAUGCCUUGGUGUUGGAGAUGUGCAAAGCUUUCCCUCAACUGUUUGCGCUCAUCUUGGAUCCCGGUCACCGAUGGUCUCUAAAACGUCGCAUAACUCUUCAAGGAACAUUGAUGUUCAUAGAACAUGCUCCAAAACUCCGAUUUUUUGGUGCGACGCUUGACGCGACGGAUGUGCCAGACGCGUACAGUAAGAAGACAGUGCGACCAGGGGGCGGGAAAGUUCAAUCGGCCAUGGAAGGCAUGAUCCUGAAUUGUUCCAACAUUGACUCUGCCGUCAAUACAGCCGUGUUCUUGUCAGACGUAUUCCCCAACUUGUUUGGGGUAGAUGGCGGACCGUCUUAUGAAGCACACUUCGAUAUAGGGACUGAGUGGAAUCUUGCCUAUCCAGAUCGCUGGAACGAUGUUUCAAAGAUGGUCCGAGCAUUAUCGUUCGUUCGCCAGGAGGAGCGGCGGUGGUUGAAAGCUGAGGACAUCAAUGGUGAGUCUUUGCACAUCCUGCGAUCAAGUAAAGCGUUGACCGCCAAACAGAUCCAACUCGAAGGGCGGAGACCUCUCUAGCGAGGUUACAAGCUUAAUACAGUAGUGCUGGAAUUAGCCCAAUUUGAUGUCACAAUUUAAAUUUCUAUUUUUCUUCAUAGACAGAAUUGUGUAUCAUAAGAAGAGCCUUUUGCCAUGUCAGUGCUGCAUUGAUUCCAUUAAUAUCAGUCUAAGUGUUCUAUCACACUACUAGCAAUGUGUAGAGUAAUUGUUCUAGCAAGCAGAUAGAGUCAACUCAAAGAAGUAUUCACCUAUACAAGCUCUCAACGGAAUAUCUUAGCUAGGUUUCUUUAGAAUCUCUAUCUAGCUUUUGAUAUAAUAGUACAAGCCUUAUUCAAUUUGCUUCUGAUUCAGUGGGUGGAUAUUG